AUGAUUAUUUGCCGCGUGCCGACGCGGGGCGUGAAGGGUAAGUCCCCGCCGCUAGCCAAUCAGGCCACGGCGCACGGGAGACCCUGGGCCCCGCGCAGUCUAGCAGCCCACAGGCAGACCGUUCGGGCCUCGACAGGAGGGGAGGAGGAGGAGGAGGAGGAGAGUGGGAAAGCAGGAGAGGAGGAGGCGUCGUCGGAAUUGACAUUGCAGCAGUCUGCGCGCGGUAAGGCUGAGGGCUCUCACCCCGGGAGCCUGUUUCGCUACUACAAUAUUAGACCUCCUGGUGCCGGCAACCGUGCACUUCAAGCGGGCUAA